GGUUUUUGGGGGGUUUUUUUGUGUCUCCAUGAAGAUAUGUUGUGAAAGUUUGCUGUGAAAACUCUUGCUUUAACAAAGCACCGUGUCAAAGUUAAGGAGGGCGACAGAGUUUUACAGGCAGUCUGUGAUGGAGGCACACUUUGGACAGGUGCCGCUCAUCGUCACUCACAGACACGGCGGGAUGAACCAGCUCGGCGGUGUCUUCAUUAACGGGCGCCCGUUACCGCACGUAGUGAGACAGCGCAUUGUGGAGCUCGCCCUGCGGGGUGUGCGUCCCUGUGAGAUCUCCCGCCGCCUGCGCGUAAGUCACGGAUGUGUCAGCAAAAUACUGACCAGGUUCAAUGAGACAGGAAGCAUCAGACCAGGAGCUAUCGGAGGCUCUAAGCCUAAAGUCGCCACUCCCAAAGUUGUGCAGAUGAUCCUGCAUCUGAAGCACUCCGACCCCACAAUGUUCGCCUGGGAGAUCAGAGACAGGCUGCUGCUGGAGCGAGUGUGUGAUCCGGACAGCGUGCCCAGUGUCAGCUCCAUCAACAGGAUAAUCAGAAACAAAGUCCAGUUGCAGUCUUGUGAAACCGCAUCGUCUGUUGCUAAGGGACCAGCUUAUUCCUCAAAGCCUACCUAUUCCAUCAGUGGUACUCUGGGAAUAAGGAAAUGCAGCAGAAAAUAUAAAGAAGAUGGUGAUGUCUCCUGCAGUGUUUAUGGCAUUCAGCCAUGUUCCUGUAAAGACACCUUUAGGUGGUCGGACCCCUGCCUGACCACUUUCUCCAGCCUGGCCUUUAACUCAAACCUGCCAGCUAAUCAUCAUCAAAACCUCUAAGGGCUUCCAUGUUUUUAUAGCUCAACAGGGCUGCUAAAGACAACAAAAGGAAGAAAAUCAUCUCCUUAAAUUCUGCAAAAAGAUCUUAAAAGUAAUGGAUUAAAUAAAUAACAAUUAUCACAACAUGACUGACAUCAAGGUCAACCUAUGUUUAAAUAAAACUGAA